AUGGCAAGCACUGGUGGGCGGCGCCAGGAACGCCUCCGGUUUCUCGCGCAAGAAUACCUUGCAGCUCAUCCCGGUCCAGACGAACUCGCGCCCAACGUUAGUCUGCAUAACAGCCUCAGGAGAUUCCUCAAGGGAGCGACUUAUUCCAAAGAAAUACUGGACGACCUUAUCGAGAACACGGUAUACAGACUAGCAUCGAUGCACGAGGCCGACUAUCUCAGGGAGCAAUUGGGGCUGGAUUGUCCUUCAAUCUUCGAUACCAACGCUCUCGAGAUAAUACACAACAAGUCUUCCCACUCACAACUAUUCUCGAGGACCUGGACAUUACUUGUGAAUCGUGAGAUUAUUACGAAACCGUUUAGGAUCAGCCGAUUCUAUUCUAAGCCACUCCGGUACCUUACACUUGUCCUUGUCACCUUCGCCAGGUCUUGGGAUAUGAUCGAGGAAUGGGUAGAUGUUAUGGCUGCGAAGAAAAAGGGCUGGUAUCGUUUCAUCUAUAAGGUGUGGCUGGGGAACCGAGUUGGCAGUGAUGAAGCCAUUGGGGUGAUGGAUCAUGCAUAUGCUGCCGUAGAGGCUAUAAAAAAGAUCGCACAUUAA